AGGAGCGCAGACCUCCUAGUUCAACAUCUGCGAGAGACAAAUACGGAACUUUUUUUCUCCGCUCUCAUUUUUUGUUGCAGAUUUGACAUCAAACUGGUGCGAUGAAGACGAUGUGGGGCCUGUGCUUGCUUUGUUUGGCCGGGAGUUUGAGAGCGGCCCGUGCCGCUCCCGUCAGGAAGAGCGGCAGGAUGGAAGACGUCAACGUGCUCAUGUUUGGUGCCAUACAGCUGAGCGAAUCCCUUAACUAUGUUUAUGAAACCACGGAGGCCAAGAUCGCCCUAAUCAGCCAGACUGUGAGGCGCCACGAGGGGACCCUCCACAAGCUGGGGAGGGAGACUGAGCAGGCUGCGGAGGUGGAGAAGCAGAUUGAAGAAGUGAUGCACUUGCUACAGAUGCUCUUUUCACAGGCCCAGAUGGCCAAGCAACAGGCUCAGACCAAGACGGCUGAAGACCGGCUGGGCCGCGUGGAGCAGGAGGAGGCGGAGCUGAAAUCCAAAGUGAAGGAGUUGGAGCUGCAUCUCAACACCAGCGUGAGCAUCAAGGAGCUGCAGGGGCGAGCGGAGGAGCAAUCCAACAUCUUGAAAGAUUUACAGUAUUUCACCGACUUCCAAAAGGAGAAUAUCGAGACCCAGAAUGAGAAGCUCUCCGAACUAGAGAAGAUGAGUGACGCGAUGACAUAAACCUCUGAGGUCUCAGAGUCUACGCAGCUCCGAAUGAGUCAAGUCCACCUGGACUUCAACUAACGUCGCUGCACUCCCUUCCAACCCUGCGAUGAAUGCUAAAGAGCUGCCACACGGUUAUCUUAGUAGACUUUUGAUGAUGUCCUUGUUGUUGUGGUUUUCGUCUAUUUUAUGUGUAUUUUAAUGUCUUGUGGUCGUCUUGACUUUGCUGCACUAAGUAAACUUUGUUUUUCAAGAGAGGAAUUUAAAUAAAGCUAUUAAAUUAUUAAAUGUUGUAAAGAUGUGCAAUAUUUAAAUACAUUAAAAAAAAAAAAAGGCUU